AUGAAUUCGAGCAGCCUUUCUUUUAUAACAACCGCGUUCUUUCUAUGUAGCGAAAAUCGUUCCGUCAUAAGCGUUCUGGCCGUACCCCCCCCUCAAAAAAAACUACUAUCUAUGUCUAUUCAUAUCAAUCUAUCUAUCUCUGUUCAUAACUAUCUAGAUAUCUAUGCCUGUUCAUAUCUAUGUUCAUAUCUGUCUAUCUAUGUAUCUAUCUUCAUAUCUAUCUUCAUAUCUAUCUAUCUAUAUUUCUAUGCCUGUUCAUAUCUUCCCUCAAUGGAUUUAACUAUCUAUGCAUGUUCAUAUCUAUCUAUCUAUCUAUCUGUUCAUAUCUAUCUAUUUUUUGUGAUUGUCGGUAGCAACACUUUACUCCUAUACAACACUGUCACUGUUCAUAUCUACCUAUCUAUCUCUGUCUCUGGUCAUAUCCGUCUUUCUAUCUAUCUAUGGUCAUAUCCGUCUUUCUAUCUAUCUAUCUAUCUAUCUAUCUAUGGCCAUAUCCGUCUUUCUAUCUAUCUAUCUAUGGACAUAUCCGUAUUUCUAUCUAUCUAUGGUCAUAUCCGUCUUUCUAUCUAUCUAUGGUCAUAUCCGUCUUUCUAUCUAUCUAUGGUCAUAUCCGUCUUUCUAUCUAUCUAUCUAUUUAUCUAUGGCCAUAUCCGUCUUUCUAUCUAUCUAUCUAUCUAUCUGUGGACAUAUCCGUAUUUCUAUCUAUGGUCAUAUCCGUCUUUCUAUCUAUCUAUCUGUCUAUCUAUGCCUAUAGACAUGCCUUUUCCUAUCUAUAUAGUAUGUAUGUAUUUCUAUUCUUAUCUAUCUAUCUAUGCAUGUUCAUAUCUAUCUUUCUAUCGGAGUUCUUUGGUAGACAGGAUAGCAAUGAAUUCUUUAUCUUCCUUAAAACAUUCAUACCCUGUAGCAGAGGAUAUACGUGUCUGUCUAUCUAUCUAUCUAUCUAUUCCUGUUCAUAUCUAUUAG